AAAUAAUUAAAAACGUUUACCGCUUCGUCUACUUUCUUCUGCAUUUCCGAAGUUCCAACAAUUUUUUCAAUGGCGGAUGGAACAACCAGGAAAAUCUCAGCUUCUUCUGCAAGAGCUCACACUCGCAAACCUAAAUCCAACUCUCCUUCAAAAAACUCAGGGAUUUUCAAGAAACUUCUAUUGGUUUUCUUCGUGGGAAUCUUGGCUUGGGCUUAUCAGGCAACAAAGCCUCCCCCACCGAAGAUCUGUGGCUCGAAAGAUGGGCCUCCGGUUACAUCUUCGAGAAUACAGCUCAAGGAUGGAAGGCACUUGGCCUACAAAGAGUUUGGUGUGCCAAAGGAUAAUGCGAAGCACAAGAUCGUGUUUGUCCAUGGCUUCGAUACUUGCAGGCAUGACGUCUCUGCUAUAACUGCAGGGCUCUCCCCGGAUAUUGUUGAAAGCCGAGGGAUUUAUAUUGUUUCAUUUGACCGACCUGGUUAUGGAGAGAGUGAUCCUAACCCUUCCGCAACACUUAGAAGCAUUUCUUCUGACAUCGAGGAGCUUGCUGAUCAGUUGGCUUUGGGAUCCAAAUUUUACGUUGCUGGAUUCUCCUUGGGCGGGGAGAUUGUGUGGACCUGCCUCAAAUACAUUCCUCACAGGUUGGCAGGAGCAGCUCUGGUUGCACCAGUGGUGAAUUAUUGGUGGAAAGGUAUUCCUUCGAACCUCACUGCAGAAGCAUAUAAGCAGCAGCUUCCUCAGGACCAAUGGGCGCUUCGUGUAGCUCACUAUGCUCCGUGGCUUAACUACUGGUGGAACACCCAAAAGCUAUUUCCUGGUCUGAGUCUUAUCGUUCACAGCCCCAAAGUUCUCUCUCGUCAAGAUGCAGAACUAAUACCAAGGAUUAUCUCUAUACGACAGGAUAUUAUGGCACAGGUAAGGCAGCAGGGUGAGUUCGAGUCCCUUCACUGUGAUCUGGCAUUUGCCUUUGGGAGGUGGGAAUUCGACCCAACGGAGGUGAGAAACCCCUUUCCAGAAGGCGAAGGCUCAGUUCACCUAUGGCAGGGUGAUGAGGAUCGCCUCGUCCCUGCCAUACUGCAGCGUGAGAUCGUCCGCCGGCUGCCAUGGAUUCACUACCAUGAGGUACGUGGCGCGGGCCACAUGUUUCCAUAUGCUGAUGGAAUAGCUGAUUCAGUCAUACAAGCACUUGUUUCUUAGGCUGCUUGCAUAAGGUUUACAUGAAUUCGUAUCACAUUUUGGUAACAUUAUGGGAUUGUUUUGUGUAUAAUUUUAGUAUCUCUAGUCUAUAUUUAUUCUUGUUUUCUUCAAGAUGGCUAGAACUCGUAUGUUUGUCCUUUUUUUACGUAUGUAGAAAUGCGUGCCAUGCUGUAUCAUGUCUCAACUGAUAUAUGAAAAUGUCUUGUUUUGUACUGUA